GAGCAUUAGACACCGGAGGGGGCACCUGGGACCAACUUCGCGAAGCGGGUAGCCCGGCGGGGGGGUUGGGGGAGCAAAAGACCCGCGGCCUCAGCCCCUCCAAAGAAACCGGGAGAUGACGGGGAAAACGGGGGAAGCGCUGAGCAAGCCCAAAUCCGAGACAGUGGCCAAGAGUACCUCGGGGGGCGCCCCGGCCAGGUGCACAGGGUUCGGCAUCCAGGAGAUCCUAGGCUUGAACAAGGAGCCUCCCAGCUCCCACCCGCGGGCUGCCCUCGACGGCCUGGCCCCUGGGCACUUGCUGGCUGCGCGCUCGGUGCUCAGCCCGGCGGGAGUGGGCGGCAUGGGGCUGCUGGGGCCCGGGGGACUUCCCGGCUUCUACGCGCAGCCCACCUUUCUGGAAGUGCUGUCAGAUCCGCAGAGCGUCCACUUGCAGCCACUAGGCAGAGCGUCGGGGCCGCUGGACACCAGCCAGACGGCCAGCUCGGAUUCCGAAGAUGUUUCCUCCAGCGACCGAAAAAUGUCCAAAUCGGCUUUAAACCAGACCAAGAAACGCAAGAAGCGGCGACACAGGACAAUCUUUACUUCCUACCAGCUAGAGGAGCUGGAGAAGGCAUUCAAUGAAGCCCACUACCCAGAUGUCUAUGCCCGGGAGAUGCUGGCCAUGAAAACGGAGCUGCCAGAAGACAGGAUACAGGUGUGGUUCCAGAACCGCAGAGCCAAGUGGAGGAAGAGGGAGAAGUGUUGGGGCCGGAGCAGCGUCAUGGCUGAGUACGGGCUCUACGGGGCCAUGGUGCGGCACUCCAUCCCCCUGCCGGAGUCCAUCCUCAAGUCCGCCAAGGAUGGCAUCAUGGACUCCUGUGCCCCGUGGCUGCUGGGGAUGCACAAAAAGUCGCUGGAGGCAGCAGCUGAGUCGGGAAGGAAGCCUGAGGCGGAACGGCAGACGCUGCCCAAGCUUGACAAGAUGGAGCAGGAGGAACGGGCCCCGGAUGCCCAGGCAGCCAUCUCCCAGGAGGAACUGAGGGAGAACAGCAUUGCGGCCCUCCGAGCCAAAGCCCAGGAGCACAGCACCAAGGUCCUGGGGACUGUAUCGGGGCCCGAUGGCCCGGCCAGGAACGCGGAGAAGCCGGAAGAGGAGGAAGCCAUGGACGAAGACAGGCCAGCAGAGAAGCUCAGCCCACCACAGCUGGAGGACAUGGCUUAGGAGGACGCCGCUUAGGUGGAGAGGAGCUGGCUCUGGCACGCUGAGACUCUGCUCCUCUCUCUCGGGGCCUGUGGUGCAGGGAAUCGUCUCCGAGGUCAGGCCAGGCCUGGCUUCUCCUCCCUACACCACAGGCCCUUGAUUACCCCAUCAACUCUAGACACAGGCCGGUUCUGGCCACAGCUCUGGACCAUGCUGAGACAUCCUGGACUGGCUCCUGACUUCAUCUUCCUCUUGCUCAUCCUCACAGCCUGCCUCUGGGGCCUUCUCAGCAUCCCAACAUCAAGGUCCUGCCGCCACUCCAUCCCUUCCUUGGUGACUCUUGGUUGUCCAAGCCUACCCCUCACUCUCUGUUCCCUCCAGUCUCCCUUUGCAGCUCACACCCCUCGUGGAUUCCACCAGCCCAUGCCCGAAGCCUGUUGCUCCAAGCCCACGGCCUGACACAGCUGUGACCCGGACCCGCACACCAGCUCUGGUGUCCCGAGCCCCCCAGGACUCGGCAGGUCUGCUCCCUCUCCAUCUGUUCCUUCUCCUCGCAGGCCUGGACCUGGGGUUCUGCUGUGUGAAUAUUGUUGCUCUGCUGGUCCAUGGGUCACCUCUGCAUCGUCUGCCCUCCCCACUGAUGGCCGGAUGCCAGACUAAACAGGGCAAAGUCUCAGACUGGGGCUCCCCCCUCCCGCGCCGCCCCAUGCCAUGCUGUGGCCCAUCCUCAGGCCCUUGCUCACACCCAGCCUGCCCUAUAGGUUCCUCCUUUGCAGAAGUGGGCAACACCACAGGUGUACAGGCCCUACACCCUGAGGGAGGGGACACUUCUCACCAACGCUGUGGCUCACUGUACUGCUGUGGAGCUCAAACCCUCACCCAGAGCUCUGGCACCCCCCUGGAGCCUGGGUUUCCAAAGCGUUCUGAAUCUUCUGCCCAUGACGUCGACCUGCUGUUUAAGGCUCCCUUCUGCUACAGCGUCUUACAGACCAGUGGUCUUCAACCUUCCUAGUGCUGUGCCCCUUCAACACAGUCCCUCGUGUGGUGGUGACCCCCCCCCCAACCAUAAAGUGAUUUUGUUGCCACUUCCUAACUGUCAUGAACGGUAAUGUAAAUAUCUGAUAUGCGACAUCAGGGUGGGGCCGUGACCCACAGGUUGAGAACCUGUUGCAGCCUGUCGGUUCACAUGUGCCUGCUUUGGAGGAACAUGGCGCAGCUUGAAAGCCACAGACCCAGCUUCACCUUGACCUAGGCGUUCCUAAAAGGCCAAACCUAAAGCGGGCCUGGGCUAGGCAUAUGCAUCAAGGGUGUGUGGUCAGGAAGGUGGAGGGGGAAAUUCAAAGGAGAGCAAGGCAGGCAGCCGGUGAAAACCUACACCAAGCUGCAGGCACUCAAGCUUCGUGCCAGCUGUGUGCCCAGGAGCGUGGCCAUAGGUGGGGAGCCAUGCUGGACUGGGGGACUCCUGCCUGCAGAGGAGGAGAGCUGUCCACACUGAUGGCCUCUCGGCAGACGUCCCUCUCCCGUCUUCAUAUUGGUCACGGGGCACACAGCCUUACGGAGUCCUCCGCUCCUGGAUUCCCAGGCCGACCACAAGACCCCCUUCACCCUGUGAAGUUUGGCACCCCAGCCACCUGGGCCGGGGCUGCUUCACGAGGAAGGCCAGAGACACUGAGUGGCGAUUUUAAAUCUGUUUUGACGGUUGGUUUCUUCUUCAUAGAACGUUCCUCUUCUUCAUAGAACGUUCCUGCUUCCAAGUUCUUAUCUUCUUGACCGGGUUGAGAUGCUAGAUUCCAGCCUAACUGAUGUAAAUAAUGUACAUAGCGUGGAAAGGAAGAAACCGGAUAUUGAGGUGUUUGAAACACUGAACUGUCGUAACUUUUAGGUAUUAAAAGCAUAAUUUCUGUGCUGUUUUCUGUAAAGACACGAGCAAGAAUAAAAUUCAUGC